GACGGAGACAACAGGGAACACAAGGAACCACAAACCAACGCCGUACUAGUAGUUGCUUAUUCUUUCAUCUACCUACCGGUACUAGCUUUAAAUACACUGACCAUGUCGGUCAAGAGGCUCUUUGUGUCCCUGUUGCUUUGUCCGAGUCUAGUAGGUGCUGCCAUCACCAAUAAUGUGACAACCAGUGCCAACAUUCCAGGGCUAUUCGUGGACGGUGUCUGUGUGGACUGUCCCCGCUUUGACGGGGUUGGGGCCAUUAGUGGUGGAGGCGCUACCAGUCGCCUCCUGGUAGAUUAUCCCCCUGAUGUUCAGGCAGAGAUUCUGGAUUUUCUUUUUCUCCCCAAUUUUGGAGCCUCGCUGCACAUUCUCAAGGUCGAAAUUGGAGGCGACAGCUACUCGACAGAUGGAUCCGAGAGUUCUCACAUGCAUUCCCAGGAUGACUUGAACUUGAGCCGAGGCUAUGAAUGGUGGCUACUCAAGGAAGCCAAAAAAAGAAACCCACACAUUCUUACGUAUGGUCUCCCAUGGGCUUUUCCGGGAUGGGUGACGGAUGACGUCAAGAAUCCUUUCCAGCACAUUGAUAGACUCACAAACUACACCCUUCAGUGGGUCAAGGGAGCCAAAGAAGUACAUGGCAUUGACAUUGACUAUUUGGGAAUUUGGAAUGAGCGUGGCACUAACAGAGAAUACGUCCUGGCGAUGCGCAAAGUACUAGAUGCCAGUGGAUUCAACAACGUGCGUCUCGUGGUCAAUGAUGGACAGCCAAAGGACCUUUGUCCUCUCAUGGUCAAUGACACGGAAUACAUCAACACGGCUGAUAUUCUCGGAUUCCACUACCCAAACGACAAGAGCGGUGUGUGGCCCAUCUGCAGUUCCUUUGAUACGCCCAUUUGGGCAUCCGAGGAAAGUUCCAGCUAUGAUGAUCUGAACGGCGCCGCUUGUUGGGCCAGGGUGAUGGCAUCACACUACGUUCUCAACAACAUGACCGGCAAUAUCAUGUGGAAUUUGGUGGGAAGUUAUGCUCACGGCACGGGGUGGUAUGCCUCGUCCAUGCUCACCGCCGUACAACCCUGGUCGGGAUACUACGAAUGGGAACAAAUGCCGGUCGUUUGGGCCACGGCUCACUACACACAAUUUGCAUUUCCUGGAUGGAGGUACAUGCCCGUAGGAAAGGGGUCCGGAGAAUUGGCCCAAGGAGGCUAUUACAUGACUCUAGUGUCCCCUGAUCAGAAAUACUUUACAGUUAUUGUGGUGAAAAUCUCCAGAGAGCAUGCACCCUGCACUCGUCCCCGGUUAUGGAACUGGUCGACUCAAGACGAGGUGUUUCAGAUCACUGUUGACUUGCCCAUCCUGUCGGAAGCAGACGAGGACAGCGCUGACGGUGAAACACAGACAUGGUACUCGAAUCUAGAACAGGAGGAUACGGUCCUCUUCCAAAAGUUGGAUAAUCCUGGGGUGUUGUCUCGAGUAUCUUCCUUCGUAAAAUCUUCCAAGUUGGGUGUACGCUCCUAUGAUAUCUCCCUGAAUGUGACCGCUGGGAGUGUAUUUACUGUGACCAAUUUGAUGCAGGCGGGGAACAAAGGAACAGCCAAAGUACGCAAUAAACCCGAUGCUCGCUUCCCACUUCCUUACUACGACGAUUUCAAUUCCUAUCAGUGCGACAACUGCUACUCAAAGUAUCUUUCCGAUCAGAUGGGGGCAUUUGAAAUCCACUUCAUUGACGAUGGCAAUACAGACAAGAAUGGUGAACUGUGGCAGCGUCGUGCUCUGGUCCAGAGCGCACCCCAGGUUCCAGUUGGUUGGCAGGGGACUACCAAAAAUGGUCCAAUGACGGUAGUAGGAAUGACCGAAUGGGAAGAUGUGGGUCUUCAAGUCUCAUUCCGGUUGCCUGAUCCUGGUACUUUUGUCUGCAUUUCCACUCGAACAGACCAGUUUUGGUCAAACGGGGUCUCCAUGUGCGCCAAUACAUCAUCUUGGUUCUUGGUGUAUGGUGGAGCGCCCAUGGCGGGCUUUGACACCAAAGCUGCUAUCGCACAUGGCACCCUUCCGGCUUCACUACGACAAGAUUACUGGCAUAUUCUGGGCUUAAGCACGCAGGGACACCAAGUAGAAGCAAGUGUCAACGGAGAUGUGGUUGUUGGGAAGGAUGAUGUCUCCAUCCGAGUUGGGGACAGUGGUUUCGUUGCCCUUGGAGCCAGUGCCUAUGCUGCUGUACAGUUUGGUCACAUUCAUAUCGAGCCGGUAGGGCCUAAUUGGGCGGUCUCAAAUCCAUCGCCUACGACACAAGCAGGAGCCACUUGGUCAAUGCAGCUGGGUCUUUGCACAGCCAAUGGCUUGACCACGGAUGCAGAACGCUUUGAAGUCACCUCCAAUUGGCAAAUUAAGCACCUUGCAAGCGGCCUGUGUGUCACGGUUGUGAACGAAACCAUGCACGAUUUCAACUCUAAUCAGGGUGUGCAGCUAACGCUGCAGAAAUGCGUUCAUGACAACAGGGCGCAGCGGUUCUGGCAUGAUUAUACUUGGCUUCGAAACGAUCGCCUGAUGAGUCUGCAGAAUGAUUCAGGAGAUCUUUGCGCGACGAGGGAUGGGAAAGUGUCCUUGACGGUGAAGACUCCCAAUGUGACUUGUGCAGGCACGGAAGAUGCGUUCCUGUCGUGGGCGUUGUACCCCAAUACGCAACAGUUGCGCAAUACCUUUGGAUACGAUCCAUCAGCUGGAGGCAGAGCUCAGUGCCUUGGAGCCGUCCAAGCGAAAGAAAGUGAUGAAGAUGAAUUCCUUGUUGAAACCAUAUAGGCAACACUAUGCAGGCAUGCGGUCCGGGCAUUCGAAUCGAAUCGAUACGAAAAGGAUAACUGAACUGCUCCCGAUAUCUAGGCUGUAACUACAUGUAGUGAAGGCUUCUGCACGCAUUCCAAAGUCAAGUAGCUUUUCCAUUUUAUCGUUGUGC